GCCUUUAUCCAAACAUCGAGAAUUCGAGAUGAUGUCUCACUAGUCCUUAGAAUAGUCUCUCUCCAAGUCUUCCUUCAUCUAUGGCUUGUUCUUCUUCCCACUUGCUCUCAUACUCUUUCACUUCUCUCAAAGAUAAACUCUUAGUACAUCCCAGCAGAUUUCCAGAAACACCCACAAAUUUUACGACACUUAAAAAUACACCCACAUGGAAUUUAGCAGUUUCCACUGCACAUAUCACAGAAAAUGCAGAAACUCAGGAACUCAAAGAGCCUCGUAAAUUCAGAUGGUUGGAGAUAAACCCAGGUAACAUUACAGAAUCACAAAAACUUGCAAUUUCUCGAUUACCCAAAAUGAUGGAGAGAAGAUGUAAAGCAUUAAUGAGGCAAAUUAUCUGUUUUUCACCUGAAAAGGGUAGUUUGUGUGAAUUAUUGGCUGCUUGGGUUAAAAUUAUGAAGCCCAAAAGAGCUGAUUGGCUUGCUGUUCUUAAGGAAUUAAGUUUUGUUGAUCAUCCCUCGUUUAUUGAGAUUUUCGAACUUGCGCUUUUGGAUGAGUCAUUUGAAGCCAAUGUUCGUGACUAUACCAAGAUGAUUCAUCUGUAUGCCAAGCAUGAGCGGCUUCAAGAUGCAGAAAAUAUGCUCCUUGCAAUGAGUAAAAGAGGCCUGGCUUGUGAUCAAGUUACAUUGACGACAAUGGUUCACAUGUACAGCAAAGCGGGCCACUUUAAGCUAGCCGAAGAAACAUUUGAGGAAAUGAAGCUUCUCAGUCAACAAUUAGAUAAAAGAUCAUAUGGCUCAAUGAUCAUGGCUUACAUCAGGGCUGGAAUGCCAGACAAAGGAGAAGAUUUAAUUAAAGAAAUGGAACAACAAGAGGUUUAUGCAGGGACAGAAGUUUACAAGGCAUUGCUAAGGACCUACUCCAUGAAAGGUGAUGCUGAAGGUGCACAGAGGAUUUUUGACGCAAUCCAAGUUGCUGGAAUUUACCCUGACAUUAAGCUGUGUGGGCUCCUCAUAAAUGCAUACGUUGAGGCUGGUCAAAGUCAAAACGCUCGUGUUGCAUUUGAGAAUAUGAGAAGGGCUGAUAUAGAACCUAAUGAUAAAUGUGUGGCUCUUUUGUUGAAGGCUUAUGAAAAGGAGAACAAGGUUAACACAGCCAUGGAGUUCCUAGUACAUUUAGAAAAAGAAGGCAUUGUAACUGGUAAAGAAGCUUCUCAAGUAUUAGUUGAUUGGUUCCGGAAGCUAGGAGUAGUGGAGGAGGUGGCUGAUGUCCUUAGAGAGUAUACUGCCAAUGAUGCUGCUUUUCUCAAAUCGACUAUGUAGUGCAGGUGUUUGUGGUUGUUCAGAAGUACCCAUAUCUUACCGAGUCCUGAUAAACUAUUAGAUUGUAAGAGCAGAAUGCGUUGCUUGUUACGGAGUAACACCAGAUGAUGAGUGCUGAACCUCUCAAGAGCUCUAUGUAGAUACGAUGUUGGAAUUCUACUUGCUUACAAAGCUUGAUUUCCUGCUGAUUGUUAUUCAGAAAGGACAAGGAGGAUCCACAACUUUCAUGGUUUGGUUUCAAUCAGUGGGACUGAUGCAUGGAGCAUAUAUGUUGAACAUCCUCUGUACAAAGUGUAUUGCUAGAUUUUGUCAAAAGAAGCAAAACCCCAUGUUUACAACCCUAAGCCUUUAAUUUUUUUCGACGUAGCCAAUUAUUUUUAAUUGUAAUUUUUAUUUCAUUAUUUACGGUUGAUCCUAUUAGGAGAAAAUAUAUGAGGUUAAGUUAUAUGCUAGCCUGAGGCUGAGGGUCAAUAACCCUAACAUUGUGAUCUGUAAAAGUUAUUACUUUGUUUAAUUGUUUUGUCCCCUUGCUUCCUUAA